GGCGGCGGGCGGCGAUGAGUACGAGCGGCGCUACAGCGGCGCCUUCCCCCCGCAGCUGCGGGCGAGGCUCCGCGACGCGGCCCGGGGCAUGUUCGUGUUCGGCUACGACAGCUACAUGGAGCACGCCUUCCCCCGCGACGAGCUCGACCCGCUGCACUGCCGCGGCCGCGGGCCCGACCGCCGCGACCCCUCCAACCUGAACAUCAAUGAUGUGCUGGGCAACUACUCCCUGACGCUGAUCGAUGCGCUGGACACGCUGGCGGUAAUGGGAAACUCCUCAGAAUUCCAGAAGGCAGUGAAGUUGGUGAUUGACACAGUUUCAUUUGACAAAGACUCAACAGUCCAAGUUUUUGAGGCAACAAUCAGGGUUUUGGGAAGCCUGCUGUCUGCCCACAUCAUAAUUACAGACACCAAGCAGCCCUUUGGUGACAUGACCAUUAAGGAUUAUGACAAUGAGCUGCUGCACUUGGCUCAUGACCUGGCAGUGAGGCUGCUCCCAGCCUUUGAGAACACCAAAACUGGCAUUCCCUAUCCUCGGGUGAACCUGAAGAAGGGGGUUCCUCCAGACAGCCACAAUGAGACCUGCACAGCAGGAGCUGGAUCCUUGCUGGUGGAGUUUGGGAUCCUCAGCAGGCUGCUUGGGGAUUCCACCUUCGAGUGGGUGGCCAGGAGAGCUGUGAAGGCCCUGUGGAGCCUCAGGAGCAAUAACACUGGACUGCUGGGAAACGUUGUGAAUAUCCAGACUGGCCACUGGGUUGGAAAGCAGAGUGGACUGGGAGCAGGGUCAGAUUCGUUCUAUGAGUACCUGCUGAAGUCCUACAUCCUCUUUGGGGAGAAGGAAGACCUGGAGAUGUUCAACGCUGCUUACCAGAACAUUCAGAACCACUUGAGGAGAGGGAGGGAGGCCUGCAAUGAGGGGGAAGGGGACCCACCCCUCUACGUCAACGUCAACAUGUACACGGGCCAGCUGAUGAACACCUGGAUCGACUCCCUGCAGGCCUUCUUCCCUGGACUGCAGGUGUUGAUAGGAGAUGUGGAAGAUGCCAUUUGCCUCCAUGCCUUCUAUUAUGCCAUAUGGAAACGCUAUGGGGCUCUCCCAGAGAGGUACAACUGGCAGCUGCAGGCCCCAGAUGUUCCCUUCUACCCGCUGAGGCCCGAGCUGGUGGAGUCCACAUAUCUCCUCUAUCAGGCCACAAAGAACCCAUUUUACCUUCAUGUGGGAAUGGAUAUUCUGCAGAGUUUGGAAAAAUAUACAAAAGCAAAGUGUGGCUAUGCCACGUUGCACCACGUGGUGGACAAGACCAAGGAGGAUCGAAUGGAGAGCUUUUUUCUCAGUGAAACCUGCAAAUAUUUGUACCUGCUGUUUGAUGAAGAGAAUCCAGUGCAUAAGUCUGGGAAUAAGUUCAUGUUCACUACUGAGGGCCACGUGGUGUCUGUGGACGAGCGUUUCCGGAGCUCGCUGUGGGAGGACAUCCUGCCUGCAGGGGAGGACAGCCUCAGAGCCAAACCCUCCGAGCUCAAGGCUGCCAACUUCAGCUCCAACUGUAACAGAGUCCCUGAUGAGAGGAGGUACCUGCUGCCCCUCAAGAGCAACUACAUGAGGCAGAUCGACAGAAUGGUGGGACUGAUCUGAGGGACUGCAGGGCCCUGGGGGCAGCCUGGCAUCCUCUGCACACACUGCUGCCCUUCAGCUGCUCCCUGCACAGGCUGGCUCCCCCAGGUGUCCCUGGACACAAAGGGGAUGGAGCUCACUCCUCCGAGCCGGGGUAACCCCCGUGCCACCUGAACAAACAGCUCUUGUUUCAAGGCUUCCUAUGAGAAAUGUUGUUGCAAAUGAAGGCUGAAUAUAUUUUAAAAGGAAAAGAAGGCAAAUUGGCCUGUGCCACCUAGCUACCUCUUUGUAGCUGUGUUACAAAUGUCCCUCUAGAGCAGGGUCUGGUAUUUAAUUUGAAAUGAUCUCGGGGCUUGGGGAAGGAGUGGGGAAGUGCAAUUUUUUACACCAAGUUGAAUUAUUGAAUUUUUCUGACUAGCAAUACACAACCUAAAGGUCUACUCAGGUAGGAACCCACUGGGUUUGCUGAAACAAAACUGCUCUGUGUACUCUUGGAAAGAUCACUGCAGGUGGUGUAAGAGCUGCUGGAAGAGUGUGCCAUCCCUGACACCCACAGCUGACAGAAGCUGCAGGGCUGUGGGAGCUGCAGGACCCAGUGAUCAAACCAAUCAGGUGCCUUUUUGCAAGGGAAGGGGGGAGGGAAGGGGGAAUUGCAAAGCCACUCAGGCAGAAGUUCCCAAAGUUUCCUUGUUUGCCAAGUUUUAGUGCCUUUUCAGGAGAGAUGCUGCUAAGAACUGGUGUCGCAGUACAUGAAGAACAAAUUAUUUCACAUUCCUGACAGGAUUCACGUGUUAGUGCCUUAAGUUCUCUUCCCUAGCAGGGAAAACUGAGCUUCCUUGGGAAGAUGGAAAAGUAUUUCUGAUGAGCUGGCUGCAGAAUACAGUGGAACCCAAAGUCACUUAAAAAGAGGUGUUUGGAGGUUUUUUUGAAGAUACUGGAAAAAUAUCUAUGAACUUUCAGGAAGAAGGCAGUUAAGGGCUUGAGGGAUGACAACAAACUGAGGCCAAAACAGCUAUUUUAAAUAUACCAAGUUGGGUUUUUUUUCCAGUGGUUGCUUAUAUACUUCUAAUUUUUAACUACAGUUGAAGUAGUAGAAUGUUAUUUUUGGGUUAAUGACUUUUAAAUUGAGGCAUAAAUACAAGGGCAACUCGAUCUGCUGUAUUUUCACCUUCUUACAACAACAUUGGUUUUCAUAAACCACGUGUUGCAACUCAAAACAUUUCUAAUAAAUAUGAAGUUUGUGCUGGAGAGGUUAUUGUUGGAAUCUUUUAAUGUACAGAUACAUCUCAGGGACUUUGUUGUAGAAUCUUCUAUUCCAUGAUUGAAUCUUGUAUUCAGGCAAAAAAAAAAAUCAUCAAAUCUUAUUAGUCUUAUUAUGUGUGUUUGAGGGGGUGAAGGGUUGGAGGGGGGAGAGGGAAAUAGGUUAAAAUUUCCCAAAAUGUUGCAAUAGGAUGGGUUGCCUUGGUGUUGGAGGCAGCUGGUGAUUCCAGCUCCUGUAGCUUUGCCAAAGGUGUUUCUGGAGUGUCUGAGUUGUGUGUUUCAAGGACAGCAGGAAUUGAAGGUGUUGUGAUGCAGAGGUGUUGGCAGAGGUUCAGGCUGUGCUGCCAGCACAGGGUGAGGAGGGCAGCAGGAUGGGCAGGGGCCCUGCUGCCCACCCAGGGCACAGGGCUGGCCUCUCAGACCCUGCUCCAGCUCUGCAGGGAGCAGUGCUGGGGUGGGAGCCCAGCACAGCAUCCCAGCCUGUCUGGUGAGCUCACGGGGUGGGCAGGACACCAGGACAGCCAGGACACCAGGACAGCCAGGACACCAGGACAGCCAGGACACCAGGACAGCCAGGACACCAGCACAGACAGGACACCAGCACAGACAGGACACCAGGACAGACACACCCUGAGUGUACUGCUGGCUUCUCCUGCUCCAGGCUUGUCCCUGACUCCCAGUUUAGCUCCCUGAAUGUGACUCUGGCCACUCAGUGAUUGCUUUCUGAGCUCCUGAGCCCAGGGGAGGGCCCCAGCCCAGGAUUGUGCACAGAAUCCAUUCCAGAGCUUGCCAGAGAGAAUUCCAGGACUGGGAGGAAGUUGCACAACUGUUCUGCCUUUGUGUUUUCCUUGUGAUUGCCAGGAAGAGUGAAAGGUGGCUGAGAAUGAGAGCAGCCCAGACAGGAAUUGCAGCCUUCCAGGCAAACACGGUCAGCUUCCCUUGGGAAUUGCUUUGGAAUUUCUGCUGCCAGGUGAUGUGACAGUCAUCUUUCCAUAGGAAUGCUCUUUAUCCUCCCAGCAGCUGCUGGUAAAAGACUUUGUGUUCCUUCAGGAGCCAACCUUUCUUCCUCUUUGUCCUAAAACUUGGAUACGUUUUUACUCUGUAAGGACAGGGCACCUGUUGUGCACUAAAGUGAGAGCUUUUGUGCAAGCCACUGGCAUCAAAAUGGAGCUGAUAACAGUGCUGGAAUCACUUGCUGAAACAGACUCUUGUAUUUCUUGGUAUCUUGUGCAAUAUCAGGUUUUCUGAACUGAAAGUGCCAUGUAUGCUUAAUUGUUAUUUAUCCAUGAAGUAUUUAACUGAGAACGGGAAACUUGGAAGAGGACCAAAUGUGCUUUCAUGAAAUGUCCUGAAUUUUCAACACUUGGCUUGCCUUUUGCAAAUCUCCAUUAAAAAAUAGUGUGUUUGACUAC